UUCCCACUCUAUACCAAUAGGUGGCGGUAAUGCACCACCGGUCUGCUGUGUACCGCUAACACUACAGAAGAAGAAAAGUGUUGCGUGUGUUUGUGUAACAAUGACGGUGUGUAGUUACUUUCUCGAAGGAAGAUGUCGUUAUGGGGAUAAAUGUUGGAAUGAACACCCGAGAGGAGGCAGACAUGCAGGUGGAGGGUCAGUAAACCGGGUGUGGGUGAACCCAACUCAGCGCUCGGGGGGAGGCGUGGUCCAGCCCUCAUCUUUCAGCCGCGGAGGGGGAGACUGGGGCAGAGGGAACAGCGGAGCUGGGAGAGAUGAUCGGAGCUCUAACUUCAGCUUUACUACACAGAACCGGUUCUCUAACCUGAGCAACACACAGAGUGGAUACAGGAGAACUGGGGGAGGAGGAGGAGGCGGAGGAGGAGGGGAUGGAGGUGGAGAUGACACAGAUAAACAGCUAGACAUGAUUCAGAAGGACAUGGAGGUGUGGCAGAGCUCAGGACAGUGGCUCUUCUCCUGCUACGCCAUCCUCAAAGCCUCCAUCACAGGGUUUGUGGAGCUAUCACCAGAGGAGCUGAGAAUGGAGUACUACACCAGCAGGGCCACAGGAGACCUACAGUCCUUUGUUAAUUCAGUCCAGCAGUUGGCCAAUCAGUGGAGAUCCAGAGUUCAGGAACUAAGAGCCAUGAGCCCUAACACUCGUGCAUCUAUGAUAGCAGAGCUGAGCAAUCCAGGAGCACAGACCCCCUCAGGUGGAGAACUCUUCAGUUCAUCAUCAUCAUCAUCAUCUGGAUUUGGAGCGCCAACAACAUCUGGAUUUGGAGCGCCAACAACAUCUGGAUUUGGAGCGCCAACAACAUCUGGAUUUGGAGCGCCAACAACAUCUGGAUUUGGAGCGCCAACAACAUCUGGAUUUGGAGCGCCAACAACAUCUGGAUUUGGCUCAUCUUCAUCUGGGUUUGGAGAAGGAGGAUUUGGCUCAAGUGCUGCCGGAUUUAGCUUCUCGGCGUCUAAUCCCGGGUUUGGCUCAUCAGGGAGUCAGACAGGUUCAUCCCAGUUUGGCUCAUCAGCUCCCUCAGCCUCCACCUUCUCCUUCGCUGAUCCUGCAGGAGCGACAGCGAGUAAAAGCUCCGCAGCAGGGUUCAGCUUCUCCUCUGCAUCUGCAGGAGGCUUCGGCAGCUCGUCCCCUGCUCCUGGUGGUGGAGCGAGUGUGAGUGCAGGGGACAGGAAGAGUGCAGGAGACAGCCCGUACACUCCUCUGAGUGAACUCACACCAGAUGAGCUCCGAGAGUUCACUGCUAAACGAUUCACACUGGGACAGAUUCCUCUCAGACCACCGCCCGCUGAGCUGCUCACUGUCUGAUAUCUGUUUAGACAAAUCUGACGUCAGUCUGACUUCAGGCCCAGAGGAAAUAUGGACUAGAGGAUUUGUGGACAUUUAGAACAGUUUUAAAAUAAAUACUGUAUAUAAGAUGUUUAAUGGUAUUAAUUCAUGAUGAAUCAGUUGUACAUCAUGGCAGAAGUAGGUAGUAAAACAGUGACAUGCA